AUGGCUCAAGUCAUUCUUCGAGUCAUAUCAGUCACACUUGGCAUCCUUUCUUUCACCUCAAAAGAGAUAGACAAGCACGACAACAAAGCUUCAGUCGUCAAGAUUGGGGUGGCACUGGACGUCAAGGGCAAUGGCACUUCUGGGGCUGGAGGAGAUACCCUUACUGUUCAACUCUUCAACGAAGGCGGAGAGCGUAUCGGUGUAGCUCCCGGGAAGGGCAAAAUAGAAUCCGGGUACUACAAUAAUUACGCGAUUGGGGGCACCUACGUCAAUUGUAUGUGGAUCGACGGGGAUAAGACAAAUUACAUACAGGCCACAGCAUUCCAACUUCACUUCCCAGAUUUCGUUCCUACCGAUCAGGACUCUUUCCCGCUCGGCGAUGCGGAUGCUUAUUUCAAGGGGGGUUAUGCCUUCAAGCCUUAUUGGUGGCCCAACACCGCCCCAAGUAUUGUCACGACCAAGUAUGACCAGCAUGCCAGUCUCGCUCAUGAUGCGAAGGCCCUCUGCGAAAGUCCUACCUCUCAAGGUCCGGAUUUCAUCAACACCGCCCAAGGGAUCUUCUGCCACAUGGGUACCAAGAAGACAUAUCCACUGUGCGGUCAUGGAUUAAUCACACAUUGCUUCGAUGCAAAGGCAAUGGCCAUGAUUGGAAAUGGUAUCGCGGCUCAAGAGGAAAAGAGCUAUGACCAAGUCAUCGAUUGGACCAAAGAAUCUUCUUGA